CCACUUGUCUCGUGAGCUUUGUUAAUCCCCGUUUGCCUAUCGCCGUCUGCAAUCUGAUUCCCGCAAUCCUCACCCACCCACCAAACAAUCCCUCCCCUGCUCCGGCGAUGCCGGCCGGCCAGCCACAAGCGCACGACCCCGACGGCGGCGGCGCGAGCCACUCCAACAACCACCGCGCCUACUCGCCGCCCCCCGCGGCGCUCCCGUCGGAGGUGGUGCCGGCCUUCCCGCCGCCGGAGUCGGAGGACGACGAGUCCUGGGUGUGGACCCAGAUCAAGGCGGAGGCCCGGCGCGACGCCGACGCGGAGCCGGCGCUGGCCUCCUUCCUCUACGCGACGGUGCUCUCGCACCCGUCGCUGCCCCGCUCCCUCUCCUUCCACCUCGCCAACAAGCUCUGCUCCUCCACCCUCCUCUCCACGCUCCUCUACGACCUCUUCCUCGCCUCCCUCACCGCGCACCCCUCCCUCCGCGCCGCCGUCGUCGCCGACCUCCUCGCCGCGCGCGCCCGCGACCCGGCCUGCGUCGGCUUCUCCCACUGCCUCCUCAACUUCAAGGGCUUCCUCGCCAUCCAGGCGCACCGCGUCGCGCACGUCCUCUGGGCGCAGAACCGCCGCCCGCUCGCGCUCGCCCUCCAGUCCCGCGUGGCCGACGUCUUCGCCGUCGACAUCCACCCCGCGGCCGUCGUCGGCAAGGCCAUCCUCCUCGACCACGCUACCGGCGUCGUCAUCGGCGAGACCGCCGUCGUCGGGGACAACGUCUCCAUCCUCCACCACGUCACAUUGGGUGGGACUGGCAAGGCGGUUGGUGACCGGCACCCCAAGAUUGGGGAUGGGGUGCUCAUCGGCGCAGGUGCUACCAUCCUCGGCAACGUCAUGAUUGGAGCCGGGGCCAAGAUUGGGGCUGGUUCCGUGGUGCUGAUAGAUGUGCCGGCGAGGACCACGGCUGUGGGAAACCCUGCCAGGCUGCUCGGCCGGAGGAAGAGUGAUGGCGAGAAGGAAGAGGACAUGCCGGGAGAGUCCAUGGAUCACACCUCAUUCAUAAGGCAGUGGUCGGACUACACCAUUUGACAUUUGAGGGAGGGAGCCAUUGUCCUGCCAAGGUCUCUUUCUCACACACCCUCUGUAUCAGUAGUCGUGAUGUACUCCUAGUUGUUCUGGUUUUGUUCCCUUCCCUUGUGUGGAUGAACAUAAACUGUACUGUAGUGUGUAUGGCCAAUUGUUUCUUCAGCUGAUCGAGUGGCAAUGCUCUCAUACUGAUAUCAGAUGAUUGCAAUAUGAAUAAUUUUGUAAUCGAUUGUGCAUUUGGUGGGUGGUGGAUUGAUUGUGCUUUUCUUACAACAAAA